UGCCUGGUGGUAUUGUUUGGAAGUAAUCUGUGAUCAAAUAUGGAGGAUUGUUAUCGUGUGGAAAUCGGUGGUACGAAGUUUGCUUUGUGUUGUUAGUGCAGUCUUCUGAGGAGAUUUUUACAGAGGACAGAUAAAUCUAAGAGCGAAAAUAAUGGAUCCGGCACUUUUAAGGGAGCGAGAGCUCUUCAAAAGGAGAGCUUUAGCAACACCAACUGUAGAGAAGAGGAAGAAAGAUACAGAACAGUCACAGAAGGAUGAAUCCUUCAAGAAAAAAUCAAAAUCACCAUCAUCAUCCUCGGCUGGACCCAAACUUGAUGUUGUUAAUUAUAAAACUAUGAGCGGCAGUUCACAAUACAAGUUUGGAGUUCUUGCCAAGAUUGUCAAAUACAUGAGAUCAAGACAUCAGGAAGGUGAUGAUCAUCCGUUGUCUUUGGAUGAAAUUUUAGAUGAAACUAACCAGUUGGAUGUGGGUUCAAAAGUAAAACAGUGGCUGUUGACAGAGGCAUUAGUAAAUAAUCCUAAGAUUGAAGUCAGUACUGAAGGAAAGUUUAUUUUCAAAGCAUCUUACAAAAUAAAAGAUAAGAAAAGUUUAUUGCGGUUGCUGAAACAGCAAGAUUUGAAGGGUCUUGGAGGAAUCUUACUGGAAGAUGUUCAAGAAUCUCUACCGCAUUGCGACAAAGCAAUGAAGGCUCUCCAAAAUGAGAUAAUAUAUAUUUCACGACCUAAUGACAAGAAGAAGAUUGUUUUCUAUAAUGAUAAAACAGCUGCAUUGCCAGUGGAUGAAGAGUUUCAGAAGCUGUGGCGUUCAGUAGCUGUUGAAAGCAUGGAUGAUCAAAAAAUUGAGGAAUAUUUAGAAAAGCAGGGAAUUCGCUCUAUGCAAGAUCAUGGGCUUAAGAAACCGGUACUUCACAAACGCAAGAAACCCAAUCAGCGUAAGAAGCACCUGAAGAGACCUCGAGAUAAUGAACAUCUAGCUGAUGUUUUGGAGACCUAUGAUGAAAAAUGAGAUAUAAGAUAUGACAUCCCAAAUGCUUGAAUCCCAGUGGCUCGGUUAUUACAUGACGAGCUUUCAGCUAUUUCUGGGAGCUGUGAGAACACUUGAAUAUAUACUUUGGAGGCUGAUCUGUUAUUCUGCUGAGAAAAUUUGUUGCGUGGAUAACGGUUAUUAGUGUGAAAUCUCGUACUUCUAUACCAAAGACGGCAUUUGACAUCAUAACCAAUUCGGUGACUUACUGGAUGGUUUAAGAAGACACCCGUCUUCUUAUUCACCGCCCUGAGAACCUCAAAUCCUACUUACUAGAUAGUUUGUUAAGUAGUACUGUAUUAAGUAUUAAAGCUAUUUGCAAGUUUACUACGGUAAAUUUGUGUACUCCUUUCAUCAGACAUGUUUAAGAACAAAGCUUGUAACCAUUAUCUGAUGACUCCAAAAAUAAAAAAAAUUACUAAUCGCAUUUGAAUGUGAUAGGAUCAGCAACAAAAACUAUUAUUGUUCUGGAAAUAUUCUGAUAUUGAUACUGUAAUUUUUACACAAGUUUUGAAAUGUGCUGCUGUUGCCAGAUGUUUGUUUUUUAAAGACGUCAUUGAUUCAUGUAGGUUUUAAAGGGUACCGAUGAUUGUGUGUUACAAUUGAGGUCACUAAAUUCUUGAAUUGUGUCCAUCAUCUGCGUUUUUGAGUGGGGAGGGGCACAUUUCUGUAAAACCAUGAGUAGGCCGGAAUGUUGGGCCAUUGAUGGGAACAUAGACAUUGAUAAGGAAUAAAGUGAAAUGUGUUCUGUCUGUGACUAA